AUUGGGAGUCGCCGUCUCUAAUGGCAUUGUACUACCGACCUCUUCUUCUCUUACAUCACCAUUCAACUUCUCCGUCUGUGAUUCUUUUUUUCCGAAAUUACCCCUCGAAACCACUCAAAUUCUCCAGUCUGCCCUUCCUCCACCGCUGCCGUCAGUCUCCUUCCUCCUCUGCUCGGUGUUGUUGUUCUUCGUCGUCGUCAUCAAUGGAGUCUCCACCCGAAGGUUACAGAAGAAAUGUCGGUGUAUGCCUCAUGAAUGAUUCCAAAAAGAUUUUCACUGCCUCGAGGUUGGAUAUUCCCAGUGCUUGGCAAAUGCCUCAGGGUGGAAUCGACGAGGGUGAAGAUCCAAGAGCUGCAGUUAUGAGAGAGCUUAAAGAAGAGACUGGAGUUCACUCCGCUGAGAUUCUUGCUGAGGCUCCUCACUGGAUAACCUACGACUUCCCUCCUAUUGUCAGAGAGAGGCUUAAGGUCCAAUGGGGUUCUGAUUGGAAGGGUCAAGCACAGAAAUGGUUUCUUCUGAAAUUUACUGGGAAAGAUGAAGAAAUCAAUCUUCUUGGCGAUGGAACUGAGAAACCUGAGUUUGGUGAAUGGUCCUGGACUUCUCCUGAUCAAGUCAUUGAAAAUGCAGUGGAUUUCAAGAAGCCAGUGUACAAGGAAGUCAUGUCAGCUUUCGCUUCUCAUCUCCAGUAAAAGAAACAUUAAAAAACUAAACUCAUUGUUUUAAGUUUUUUUUUGUUUGGUAUAAGAAACUCGAGAAUAAGCUGUUCUUGACAUAAUUUGCUUUUUUAUGAACAAUCCAUGAAUAAAAAUACAGUUCUUGUUC